GGCUCCACUCCCUGCGCUACUUUGAGGUCGCGGUGUCAGAGCCCAGCCCGGGGGUGCCCGAGUUUGUGUCUGUGGGGUACGUGGAUGGGAACCUCAUCUCACGCUGCGACAGCGAGACAAGGAGGAUGGUACCUGGGGCAGACUGGAUGGAGGCCAACCUGGACCAGCAGUACUGGGACAGCGAGACCCGGAUCUGCCAGGGCAACCAGCAGAUUGAACGUGUGGACCUGGAAACCCUGCGGAGCCGCUACAACCAGAGUGGGAGAGCUCACACGGUGCAGAAGAUGUACGGCUGUGACCUCCUGGAGGACGGGACCAUCAGGGGGUAUCGGCAGUACGCCUAUGAUGGGAGGGACUUCAUCUCCUUCGACCUGGACACGAUGACGUUCAUCGCGGCGGAUGCGGCAGCACAAAUCACCAAGAGGAAGUGGGAGGAGGACGAGGCUGAAGCUGAACGAGUGAAGAACUACCUGGAGACAAUCUGCAUUGAGUGGCUGAGGAGAUACGUGAGCAACGGGCGGGCUGUGCUGGAGAGGAAAGAGCCCCCCACGGUCCGAGUGUCGGGGCAGGAGGCCCACGGGGUGCUGACCUUGUCCUGUCGCGCUUACGGCUUCUACCCGCGGCCCAUCAGCAUCAGCUGGCUGAGGGAGGGCGAGGUCAGGGACCAGGACACCGAGUGGGGCAGCGUGGCGCCCAACAGCGACGGCACCUUCUACUCCUGGGCCUCCAUCGAGGCGCGCCCGGAGGAGCGGGACAAGUACCAGUGUCGCGUGGAACACGCCAGCCUGGCCCAGCCCGGGCUCUACGCGUGGGAGUCGCAGUCCAACACGUUGACCAUCGCGCUGGCGGUGGCCGGAGCCAUCCUGGUGGUUGUGGCCCUGGUGGUUGGAUUUGCCCUCUGGAAGCGCAAGUCAGGUAAAGCAGCGGGGCUG